AUGGAUGUCAACAAUUUAACAGGAGAGAUCCCUCCUUCUUUUGGGAACCUUUCUUCUCUCGAGUUAUUUUCUGCAGUUGUUAAUAACUUAGAAGGAAGCAUUCCUAGUUCUCUAUGCCAGUUGAAAAGAUUAACAGGAAACAAAAUUCAAGGAAGUCUUCCAUCAAACUUGAGCGAUGCUUUUCCCAACCUUCAAAUAUUUUCCGUUUUCGACAAUCAAUUUACUGGGGCCAUCCCUUCCUCAAUAUCCAAGGCAAAAAAUCUUGUGUGGUUUGAAUGUUCGUUAAACAAACUCUCUGGACAGGUGCCAAAUUUACGAAAUCUUCAUAACAUUGUGAAUUUCAAUGUCUAUCGUAAUAAUCUUGGAAGUAGUAAAGAUGGUGACUUGAGUUUUGUCUCAGAAUUGAUCAAUGCCACACAGCUAACUAUAUUGGAGUUGCAGGACAACAAUUUUGGAGGCACGUUGCCCACAUCAAUAUACAAUCUCUCAAUCAAACUCCAAAGCCUUGCAAUUGGAGAAAACCACCUACAUGGAAGCAUCCCAACUGGAUUGGGGAAUCUUGUCAACCUGCAGUCACUCAGUAUGGGAGGAAACUCCUUCACUGCAGGUAGCAUCCCCACAGACAUUGGGCAGCUUUCAAGGCUUGGGCGAUUGUAUCUUCACAACAACCAAUUAUCAGGGAGCAUUCCAUCUUCUCUUGGAAAUUUAACAUUGUUAACACUUCUCCAAUUGCAAGAAAAUAAUCUAGAGGGUAGCAUCCCUUCCAGCCUAGGGAAAUGCCACUGGUUAAACGAAUUGGAACUUUCUGGAAACAAUCUGAAUGGCACGAUACCGCCCCAAGUUUUUGGCCUCUCAUCUUUAUCAACAAUUUUGGCAUUUAACAGAAACCAAUUCACUGGUUCCCUUCCGAUUGAGAUUGGAAAAUUGAAGAAUCUAGGUCAACUGGACACAUUUCUCGCAACAAUUCCACAGUUUUUCGAGCGCUUUGGAAACUUGGAGAAUCUGAACCUAUCCUUUAAUCACUUUUGGGGAGCAGUACCAACUGGGGGUGUCUUUCAGAAUGAAAGUGCUACUUUGGUUGCUGGAAACGCUAAACUCUGCGGAGGUGUGGCUAGUCUUCGACUUCCUCUGUGCAAGCUUAAUGAGUCUAAAGGAGAAGGGUUGUCUCGUAGAAUGAAACUAAUGGUCUCUUUAGUCUCCGGGUUCACUCUUUUGGGACUGGUUGUGGUGCUGUCUCUUUUUCUUCUUGGUAAGAAAUGGAAAGAAACUAAUCUAAGCACUUUGGGGAACUCUGUUUUGCAAGUUUCAUAUGCUUCACUCAUCAAAGCUACCGAUGGUUUUUCUUCAGCUAAUUUGAUAAGUGUGGGUGCUUUUGGGUCUGUGUACAAAGGAAUCCUUGCUGAUGAUAGAGUUGUUGUUGCUGUGAAGGUGCUUAACAUGUUACACCGGGGAGCAGCUAAGAGUUUCAUGGCUGAAUGUGAGGCGUUGAGAAAUAUCAGACAUCGAAAUCUAAUCAAGAUCUUAACUGCAUGUUCAAGUAUUGAUUUCGGCGGCAAUGAUUUCAAGGCUCUUGUUUACGAGUUCAUGGACAACGGGAGCUUGGAAGAGUGGUUGCAUCCAUCUAUUGGAACUAGAGAGGUAAUAGAAGCACCUAAAAUUUUAAGUCUUAUUCAGAGGCUCAACAUUGCCAUUGAUGUUGCUAGCGCAUUGGAUUAUCUGCACAACCAUUGUGAAACACCGAUCGUUCAUUGUGAUCUCAAGCCAAGUAAUGUUCUUUUGGAUGGUGACUUGACUGGACAUGUUUCCGACUUUGGGCUGUCAAGGUUUCUCUCAGAACCAACCACGAGUGUUUCUAGAAAUCAAUCAAGCUCCAUUGGAAUUAGAGGAUCGGUUGGCUAUGUUGCACCAGAGUAUGGUAUGGGAAGUGAGGUAUCUACAUACGGGGAUAUCUACAGCUGUGGCAUUCUCUUGUUAGAAAUGUUUACGGGGAAGCGACCCACUGAUCACAUGUUCAGUAAUAGCUUGAAUCUUCAUAAUUAUGUAAAGACAGCUCUCCCUGAACUAGUUUCAGAGAUUUCAGAAUCACUACUUCUUCAAGAAGGCACCACCAAUGUAGCUGAAGCUCACAGGCACAGUCGAUUGAGUGUGAGAGCACAGAAAAUUGAAGAAUGCUUGACUCUGAUACUUGGUAUAGGAAUUGCAUGUUCUGUUGAAUCCCCCUGA